UUUGCCAAAGAAGCGCCUUCAAGAAACAACGGCGUUUCUGAAAUUCCAUCGUCGUUCAGACGAAAGGAGAAAGUAAAAAUCAAAAUCGUUUUUAAGAGAAAGAAAAUACGUGCGUUGUUGGAGUGAAGGGAACUUCCAAACUCUAAUCCAAUUAUAGACUAAAUUAUCUAAUCCCUGUUAAUGGGUAAUCAUAAAACAUUAGCCUGAAAGCCUUACAUAAUUUAUUUCCUUGGUGAAAUCUUUAGAAGACUACGAAGAAGAAUUUUCAAGAAAUGGUCCAACUUGAUGAGGACCCAGAGUCAAAAUCAUCAUCGCCGUAUAAAUGGUUGAAUAACUUUCACCGUGAUCUGAUGGCGGGGGCGGUGAUGGGCGGUGUAGUGCACACGAUUGUGGCCCCAAUCGAGAGGGCCAAACUAUUGUUGCAGACCCAAGACAGCAACCUGGCCAUUGUUGGGACUGGACGGAGAAAAUUUAAGGGUUUGCUUGAUUGUAUUGUCCGCACAGUCCGUGAAGAAGGCAUUUUGUCUCUUUGGAGAGGCAAUGGCAGUAGUGUGCUUCGUUAUUACCCUUCUGUUGCGCUUAAUUUCUCUCUCAAGGAUCUUUACAGGAAUAUUUUAAGGAAUAGCAACGCUCAUGCUGGUAAUUUUGUGUCUGGUACACCUGCCAAUUUCAUUGCUGGGGCUGCAGCUGGUUGUACAACAUUGAUCUUAAUCUACCCACUUGAUAUUGCACACACCCGCCUUGCUGCUGACAUUGGCAGAAGUGAAGCCCGUCAAUUCCGAGGCUUUUACCAUUUCCUGACAACCAUAAUCAAGAAAGAUGGGAUUCGAGGGGUUUAUAGAGGGCUACCUGCAUCUUUACAAGGGAUGGUUGUUCACCGGGGCCUAUACUUUGGGGGCUUUGAUACAAUGAAGGAGGUUUUGUCCAAAGACUCCAAACCUGAAUUGGCAUUAUGGAAGCGUUGGGUUGUGGCUCAGGCUGUCACAACAUCUGCCGGGUUGUUGUCAUAUCCAUUGGAUACAGUUCGCAGGCGGAUGAUGAUGCAGUCUGGUUUGGAGAAACCAAUGUACUUGAGCACACUGGACUGCUGGAGGACAAUUUAUAGGAAAGAGGGUGUGACUUCAUUUUAUCGUGGAGCAGUUUCGAACAUGUUUCGAAGUACCGGUGCUGCUGCAAUUUUGGUCCUGUAUGAUGAGAUCAAGAAGUUCAUGAACUGGGGCGGAUUAUAACAGGAGCCAAAUUUUGCCACUUUUUUUCGUAUAUUCUCACCAGAAGAAUUAGAUAGAAGGUUUUAAGAAUUGGAGGAAAACAUUGUAAAGCGCAAAUGAGUUAGAUACACACUCUAGAUGACAUUCAUUUGCCACGUUAUUCUUUUAGACUCUGUCAAUUGACACCACAAUUGUUUCGUUAACAAAUAAAAUUGAAUAUGUCUAAUUUGGUAA